AUGAUGUUAGCCAAGCUGGGGUAUGCGCCAGAGCAAUAUAAUCCCAACUUUUGGAUUCUUCUGCAUGGGGUUUACAUUGCCUGGUGGUUGAUUGGGUUGGGGGAGCCAACAUUUGAGCAGUUCAUGUACCUAUACUCGAUUUCGAAGCAACAUUGGAGUUUUGGUUGGGUACAAGACAAUUGCCGAAUGGCAAAAGAGAGGGGUUAUUUUAUUGGUCACAAGCCUUCGACACAGAAGUCCUGGAGGAACAAGUGGUGUCUGGCUUAUGGUGACUGGGAGUGUUCGCCAGGGAAGACCGUCACCAAACACAUUCCUACCCACUUCCAGUUUAUAGGUUCGGUGAAGUGGGGGCCGAUCUCCAAGGAGCAAGAAGACGAAGUUGAGAGUAGACCUGACAAUAUUGCACACGACCGUUUACACACGACACGAAUUCGCAAGAAAUUAUCAGUAUUUGGGUUGAGCUUAUUGGGUCGGGUUGAAAACGGGUGA